AUGGCUGCCGCUCCCGUCAACAGCAACCCUCAAGCACAAGAGUCUUCGUCGGCGAAGCUCAAGCAGAAACACGCCCCUAGUGCUUCUAUCGUGUCCAAAUCCGAUGAAGCUCUUGCGACCCCCAACGGACUCGACAACGUCGACAGCCCGUACCUCAAAGAGCUCCAAAAGAGCCUGCGCAAUGCGAACAAGAAGCUGAAUGCCACCGCCAAGGUCGAUGCCAUCAUCGCCGAAAAUCCCGGAAAGUCACUGGAAGAACUGGUCGCGACGAAGAAGAUCAAUACCGAUCAGAAAGCGCAGGCCGAGAAGAAACCCGCUUUGCAGGCCAGCGUCGCUCAGAUCGAGGAGCAAAUCGGCCACCUCAAGGAGUUUGCCACUCACUAUGAGCAGCGCCUCGUCAGCCAGAAGGCUGACCUGGAAAAGCUUCACCAGGAUGAAUUGAAGGCUGUUCAGGAGAAGGCUACUGCCGAGGCUAACGAAGCAAGCAAGAAGGAUCUGAGAGCCCGGCUCCUCAGCCUGAGCAAGUUCCUUUACACUGCGGCUACCAUGAGGCGGUCCGGGGACGAGACCUCCAAUGUAACCCGUGCGUUCGAGGGCGUGCUCUACCAUAUCUACGCUGGGUCAAACGACGCUGUUUCCUCGAUGCUCAAGGUUGUUGACGGCGUGGAUGAACCCGUCGUUAGCGUCGAGGGCGAGACCUUGGAAGUUACCUAUGGCAAAGUCAAACAGUCUGCCGAGGAACAGGCGCCUGCGACCGAGGAAGUGGCUCCGGAUGCCGCUCCCGCGUCCGACCCUACGCUGGCGAACGCCGGUUACACUGAGUUACAGGAUACUUCCUAUACCGCCAGCGCUCCAGCUGCGGACGAGGCCGCUCCCGCCCCUGAAAACUCCGAGCAGAAUGCUCCCCCCGCUCAAACGCAGGUCUCUGAUGCUGCAAACCCCGUGGCGGAGGCUACCUGGGAUCCCAACACCGGUGGCUCUCUCAGUCCUUCCGCGACGGCGGAUGACUGGGUUGAAGUGCCGCGCGAUCCGGCUGAGACCGAUACUGGCCUCCAGGCCACCCCGGCUGCCGUCGAGGUCGACGCGCAGAAUGCGGCUGCUGCGGAGGCAGUGAGUGCCAAUGCGGAGGAAGCCUCUGCUCCGAAGGCCCAGAAGGGAGAAGCGCCGGAGGGAGCUGCGAACCACCAGAGACAGCACAGCUUCCGUGGUCGCGGCAGAGGUGGACGUGGACGAGGCGACGGCUCGCGGGGACGCGGUCGGGGCGAGUUCAAGGGUCGUGGACGCGGCCGUGGAGGCCGUGGUCGCGGUGGCCCUAACGGCGCACCAGCUGCCACUCCCGCGGCUGCCCAGCAAGCUUAA